GAUUCCUUGUAUCUGAAAGCUGAUCAGCUUAUUAGUGUACGGACUUGGGAAAGUUUGCACUCGAGUCGUAUUUACAACAUGGCGACGACGGAAGACCAGGCUCGUCAGGAGCUGAGUGAUCUUUUCCGUGGUGCUGUGUCUGAUCAUCCCGAUGUCAUGGCUGAAUGCCUGUCAAUAUUGCGAUUGUACAACAUCGACGCUUCGACUCUAUUCUACAAAUACGAAGCGUUCCUUCUAUCUCGACCAUCUGGUCUUAGAGCGAAGCUGUCCACGCUCACAUUGGACACCGCGAGAGAGCUUAGAAAGGAGAUUCAAAGAGAACAUCAGGCCAAGGCUGUCGUCGCCUCGGCUUCCACACCUGAUGCUGGAAAGACGCAGCUCGGCAUGAGGAAGGGCAAGGGAGCCAUAUCAGAUCUUAAUGGAUUCUUGGAUGGUCUAUCAACGCCGUCUAAAACACCAAAGGCGAGACCAACUAACCCCGUGGCUAGAUUAUCGAACACUUCUAACAACGCCAACUUACCUUCGCCUUCGGCCUUCGCGACGUCUCCGUCAUCCAACGCAUUCUCCACACCAUCAAAAACCUCUCCACUGCCGGCUGCGGCCAGUAGCUACCGACCAGGCCCGUCCAAGUUGUCUGCCCCAAUCUCCAAUGGACAUCUGACUCCCAAUGGCAAGGAGAACCUCUCGGCGCCAUCUAGUCCUAUCAGUGUUGCAGAAUCCCCCUCGGCCCUCACUCCCAAACCCCCACAACCUUUCAAUCAACGUUCUCAGCCGUUAUCGCUCGUUGAGACUUUAAACCCGCAUCUGGACACAGUGACUUCUGGCGUUCCGACAUCGUCUAAGCCCCGCGUCACCCUGACGACCAAUGCAGAUCCUAAGCGCUGGGGAUAUCGAUACAUGUUUGAAAAGAUUUCUCAACGCUCGGAAUCGUUAGACGAUGUCAUUGACGAGUUUGCUGAGAUCAUCAAAGACGCGUAUGGGAUCACAGAGCUUGGAGAUCCGCAUUUCGUUUCUGAGGAGUCAAUUUACACCGUCGGUAGGAUACUUUCGCCCCCUACAGACAAUGCCAAAGUCAAUGUUGGCUCGUUGUAUCUCGAAAGCUCGAGAUUGCUCGGAGCUGGCAAGCGAGUCCCCCUGAGAUUUGCGGGCACUGGGGAAUUGAAAGUGCGAGGAGGAGCACCAGGUGUCAAGGGCUUCGGCGUCUUUCCAGGUUGUCUCGUAUGCGUCAAGGGUCGCAACGGAGGAGGUGGAGCAUUUGUGGUUGAAGAAGUCCUGAUGGCACCUCCCAGCCCCUUUGCUCAGACACCAGCAGAUGAGCUUCUAGAGACGCAAUACGGCGACAAGCUUGGUGGCGAGCCGGUUUCUAUGACGAUAGCCGUUGGGCCGUAUACGCUCGAUGACGACUUAUCGUACGCCCCUCUGCGAGCCUUGAUCGAUGUGGCCGUCAAGGAAAGGCCAGACGUUGUGAUCCUCCUUGGACCAUUCGUUGACUCCCAGCACCCUAUGAUUGAGAGCGGGCGUGUGACGCAGACUCCUACCGAGUUAUUCAAAGAUCGCGUCACCUCCCAACUCUCUCGUCUUGUCGACGCUUCGCCAGGCACUGUCAUACUGCUCGUCCCAAGCGUCAGAGACAUGGUCAGUCGACAUGUAGCGUUCCCACAGGCCAUGUUAGAAAAGGAGAUUCUAGGGCUACCAAAGCGAAUCAAAUGUUUGCCGAACCCCUGUACAUUCUCGGUCAAUGAAGUGAUCAUUGCCGUUUCUUCAGUGGACACUCUGUUCCACCUAAGGAAAGAAGAGACUUUCACUCGUGCUGAAGAGGCUGAGCCCUCUGGCGAACCGGAAUCCAAAGACGGCAUGGCGAAUCUUGUCCGUCACGUACUGUCUCAACGCACAUUCUACCCGAUAUUCCCGCCUCCAGAGGCCCACGCGUCCGAGGUCAAUCUGGACGUCACGCAUCAGUCCCUACUGAGAAUGGAUGGACCAGCCCCAGACAUGAUGAUCAUGCCCAGUCGGCUGAAGCACUUCUCCAAGGUCAUUGACUCGACACUCGUGAUCAACCCGUCUUUCUUGUGCCGAUCACACGCUGCUGGCACUUUCGCCAAGGUGAUAGUGCACCCUAUAGACCGUAAGAAGCUCGAGUCAACAAUGGAAGUCGAUGGGGAGGCGGACGGAGAUUACAGAGACCACGAAGUGUACGAAAGGGCCAGGUCGGAGAUUUGGCGGAUAUGAAUCAUCUUCAAUAGUCUCACAUGCAUGCAUGAGGAUCUUUGGUG